UGAAGCUACGAGGAGCUCCUGGUGUGAAGAGGUAAGGGUAGAAUGGUUUUUUCCUUCUCCAGUUAAUUUCUGCAAUGCUCUGCUCAUAGUCUCAGCCACGCGCUGCUGUUCGUACGCUCUUGAUCUUGUCUGCCGUCGUCCCUCCCCCAACAUCCUCCGCGUCGGUCCAGUCCUCGCCUGGCCCAUCAGCCCUGCAACCAGCACCGUCUUGCCGUCUGUCGCACUACUCCUCCUCCUCAUACCCCUCCCCUUCCACCGCUCUCUUCCGUUCCGGCCUGAGCGCGUAGCCCCCGCUCACCAGACCAUGCUUCUGCGGCAUGGUGCACCUCUCUGCGCGCCACGACCGCCAGCAGGAGGCCUCUGUGCUGGAGGUGGCCGCCACGGCUUCACGCUGGCGCUGCCCAAUGUCCUUCGCCAGACUUGCUUCUUGUGGGCUGCGAAGACGAGUGGAGGAGCAAUCAGUUACCAGAUGAAAAACUCAAGAUGGAGGCCUGUGUUUGCCUUGGAGACAGGUGGACCACCUAACGCAGAUGGCGAAGACUUUGAAGAGGACAGUGGUUUUCUUGGCAGGACAAGGCUUGGCCGACUCGCCCAAGCUGCUGGAAGGCAACUACUUGAAAAGCUUAACUCUGCCAGAAGCAAGUCUCCCACAAAGAUAUUCCUUGUGCUCUUUGGAUUCUACACCGCCAAUGCUCUGGCAACAAUCCUAGGGCAGACUGGUGACUGGGAUGUUCUUGUUGCUGGCGUCGUAGUGGCUGCCAUUGAAGGAAUCGGCAUGCUUAUGUACAGAAAACCGGUCACCAGGCCUCCUGGACGAUUUCAGUCAUUUAUUUCAAUGGUGAACUUCUGGAAAGCCGGUGUAUGUCUGGGCCUUUUCGUGGAUGCCUUCAAGCUGGGAAGCUGAGUUCUCUGGAUUCACCUUGUCUUGUUUACGUAUCAGUACUGCGGUUGAUCCAUUGAGCCCAUCAUAACGCAAGGAUUUAACACCACAAAUGGCCAUGCGCUCAUGGAUCAAGUUUUGGUCUUGCAGUUGGCCCAAGUGCUUGCAGAGAUAGCGUAUACGUGAUCGAUUUCUUCCUUGUUCAUGGAGAUGUUGUGGAAUUAGUGUUCUUCUGGGGUGGUGUACUCUUGGCGAGGACUGAUCGUAUACCAAUGUGUUGCGAGCAUCAUCUCGCCUCAUCGGGCCUGAAAAUGUACAUAUGAUUGUUGAGUUUCUCUUAGAAUCUGAUGCUGUGAUGGAACUAUUAGUAGGAUGUUCAUUUUUGUGCCGCAAGGAAAUAAUCAAGGCUGAAUUGUACUGUAAAAGCUUACUCGUAGCAUGUGAUGAGCUGGUUCUUUCUUCUAUGCUUUAUGAACAUAAAGGUUGUUCUUUCUUUGUAA